UGUAGUUGCAUAUUCAAGCAAUGGACAGCAAGUCGAUCUAUAAAUAAUUUUAAAAAUCCCACCGAGUAAUGCAUAUCACUGAUGUAAGCAUAUUAUGCAAAACCAAAAAUAAAAUAAAAUAAAUAAAUAAUAAAACGUUAUUCAAUGCACAAUUUUAAAGUUUGGAACCUAAUGUACUUAGAUGUGCAACUUUACUAAGGAUUUAAUUAGUCUUUGCAAAAAAAGUGCAAACAGGGGAACGUUUUCAUUAAAUCUUACUAUUUUUGUAAAAAUUCAUGAUGACACACUUGGGCUUCGAAUCCUUCGGGCCUCGAACAAUUCUUUCUCUCACAGAAUGGACAGUUUUCGGACUUUAUCCUCUACGUAAAAUGUGUUUGAAUAUGAUAUUGUAUAAUUCUUUUUUCAAACAAACGAGAGAAGAAAAAUUGCAUAAUGUCAACACUGAUACCGAUGAUAAUGUCAGUUGAAUGAUGAUUUGAGAUAAAGACGUGUAUCAACUGAUAAAAUUACACACGUACUUCCUGUAAAAAGUUUAGUAUGUCGGUAUUAUGACAGUGAAGUGGUAUUGAACUUUCACAAUGGGAAAUUGCUGCUCCAAGAAAGAAAAUCCGUAUACUGUACGUGUGUCAGCAGUUGGCGUGGAAAAUCCGUAUACAGAACUUAACUCACCAGGUGGCGUGAACUCUGAAGAGAUUUAUGCAGAGAUACUAGAAACAAAUGUGACAAUUCAGCGUCUUGGUCGGUAUCCAGUUAUAGCAGCCAUAGAUUUUGGAACAACAUACAGCGGUUAUGCGUUCGCCAUGAAUAGUUCGGACACAAAAAUACAACUACCAACGUGGGCAGGUAGUGAAACAAUGACCAACAAAGCACCCACUGCUGUUCUAUUUAAACCAGACAAGUCCUUCUUCAAGUUUGGACAUGACGCUAUAACGUACAUGGAAGACAACCCAGAUGGAGAAGAUUUAGAUUUUUUUUAUUUUUUCCAUGAUUUCAAAAUGUUGUUAUAUCGAACAGAGAAUUUAUCCUUAAACACCAAAAUACAGGACGUAACUGGUCAGAAAUAUUUGCCGGCGAUUGUUGUUUUUUCAAGCGUCAUUAGAUACUUCACAGACCAUUUGAUAUCAAAUUUGUUUAAUCGUUUUGGUGGAUCCUCUUUGGAGAUGACUGAUAUAUUUUGGGUAAUAACUGUACCUGCCAUUUGGAGUCUAAAAGCUAAAUACUUCAUGCGGGAGGCUGCUGAACAGGCUGGAAUACCUGUCAAACAACUAGCAAUAGCACUGGAACCGGAAGCGGCUAGUGUGCUAUGUCGCACCGUCGAAGUGUACGUCUCAUCAAAUGAUGGAAUGGAAGGCGUUAAAAAAUCUCCCUGUUCGAUACCAGACAAUUCAACGUAUCUUGUCAUCGAUAUUGGAGGUGGAACAGUAGACAUUACUCUUCACCAGGUGCGUCCAGGAAGAGGACUCCGUGAGCUUUACCAAGCCAGUGGAGGCGAUUAUGGUGGGAACCAAGUUAAUAAAAGAUUUCUGGAAUUUAUCACUAAACUAUUCGGGGAAGAAGUCAUUGAAGCCGUGAAACAAAAACACCCGUCCGACUGGGUUGAAAUCCACAAUAAUUUUGAGCACAAGAAGAGAGCAAGUACAAAAUUUGACGAUCAAGACAAAAUUGUUAUCAGGUUUCCUGUUACAUUUGAUCAGGCGUACAAAUCAUUGAUGAAUACCAAUUUCCAAGAGAGGAUCAAACGCAUGGGUUAUGAGGGUCAAAUUACACUUAAGAAAGAUAAAUUGAUCUUGACAUGUAAAAUUUUCAAGUCUUUCUUUGAAUUUUCCUUAUCGGGGAUCAAAAAAUGCAUCGAACGCGUUUUGGAGCAUGGACACAAUACAAAUACGAUCAUGUUUGUGGGCGGAUUUGCUGAAUCACCUUAUUUGAUUGAUAUGCUGAGGAAAUAUUUCUGUAACUAUAAGGUCCUGGUACCGGAGGAUCCCUCACUCGUAGUCCUGCGGGGGGCUGUGUUGUUCGGGUUUGAUCCAACAAUAAUUCAAUCAAGAAUAUGUAGAUACACGUACGGCAUCGCUAACCAGAGACCGUUUAUAGAUGGUAAAGACAAGAUCGAAAAGAGAAGAAAGCACAACGGUGGAUAUUACUGUGAUGAUGUUUUUGAUAAACAUGUUGAAAUUGGAGAAAUGCUAGAAUUCGGAAAAUUUCAAGAACCUAAAGAUUAUCAUCCACUGAAUGCCGAACAAGUGAAUGUCAUGCUAGAACUGUAUGCAUCAACGGAAAAAGAUCCAAUAUAUGUCGACGAUCCAUCUUGUCACCUAGUCGGUGUGAUGGAGAUAGAAGUCCAAGAGCGAAAACCCGGUGAAGACGGCACCGUGCUAGUUAGUGUCAACUUUAGUGGAACUGAACUUGAAAUAAAAGCUUACGAAAAAAGGACUGGGAAUGUUACCACAUCGGCAUGCAAUUUCCUUGGAUAAAAACAGGGAUACCAUAAAAUUUAUUUCAUAUCUUAUAUUUGUCUGUGAAUGAAAUGUUCCUGAUGUUUAAUUCCAACCUGAAUGUAUGUCCAAUUUUCGAAGAAGAAUCCAGUCCGUCUGUAAAAUAUUAGAUACUUUCACUAAUGUCAAGGAAAGGAAUUAGUACGAUGUAACAACAUCUUUAUAAUCCUUUAUCUCAGUAUCAAUAAAAUAUAUUUAUGCUC